AUGGGUCCAAAGAAGAAGAAGAUGUGCAUUGAACUAAAGCGUGAAAUCAUAGAAAAACAUGAGCAAGGUGUGCCAGUAAUUGACUUGGCGAGGAUGUACGGGCGUAGCAUACCAAUGAUAUGUACUGUACUUAAACAGAAGGAGUUGAUAAAGGGUAUAACGCCAGCUAAGGGCAUUACAAUAAUUUCUAAGCUUCGGAGCUCUCUCCAUGAAAAGGUGGAGAAACUACUGAUGACAGAGAAGCAGCUUCAAGGAGGAACCUUAACACAAAGCAUCAUAUGUGAGAAGGCACGAGUGAUUUACGAUGAUUUGCUGAAGCAGAUCCGACACACUUCCACAAACGAGGAAUCGAAAGACUCGUUUAAAGCCAAUCGGAACUGGUUUGACAACUUUAGGAAAAGGACCGGCGUUCACUCCGUCGUCAGGCAUGGUGAGGUAGCAAGUUCGGAUGUGAAGGCAGCUGAGGUUUACAUCAAAACGUUUUCCGAACUGAUAGAAGCCAAAGGAUACAUCCCCCAGCAAGUCUUCAACUGGGACGAGACAGAGCUUUUCUGGAAAAGGAUGCCGAAUAGGACUUACAUAACGGCAGAGGAGAAGACGAUGCCAGGUCACAAACCCAUGAAGGAUAUAUUAACUCUAGCACUUUGCGCCAAUGCGAGUGGCGACUGCAAAAUCAAGCCUCUGCUAGUAUACAGUUCGGAAAAUCCCAGUGCCUUUAAGUCACAUAAGAUUUUAAAAGAAAAACUGCCAGUUAUGUGGGGGAAAAAUCCGAAAGUGUGGGUCAUCAAGAAAUUCUUUGUGGAGUGGAUAAAGCUGGUGUUUGGCACUUCUGUUAAAAAAUAUUUACAGGAAAACAACCUACCCAUGCAAGCCCUUCUCGUCCUCGACAAUGCCCCUGCUCACGCACCAAAUCUCGAAGAUGAUUUACUCGAAGAGUUCAAGUUUAUUAAAAAUGUUCUCUACCUACCGCCCAACACCACUCCUAUCCUGCAGCCCAUGAAUCAGCAGGUGAUUUCUAAUUUUAAGAAGUUGUACACCAAGCACAUUUUUCAGCGCUGCUGA